AUGGCAUGCAAGACUCACAUAAUUAAAUGUAAUGUUCGUGAUCCACACCCUCCACUUCACAAAUAUCACCAGUCAGGAGAUGUCAUCAUUGGAGGCAUUGCUUCUCACAGCUUCAUCAUCUCCAAUGCAUUAACCUUCACUGUAGAGCCCCCACAAGCAUUGCUUGAAGAGCUUGCUGUAGUGACGAAGAAUUACCAGCACAUCCUGGCCUUGGCCUUUGCAGUAAAGGAAAUCAAUGAAAACCCCCAGCUCUUGCCCAAUGUCACCUUGGGCUUCCACAUCUAUGACAGCUAUUUCAUUGCAAGGGGAACUUAUCAUGGCACAAUGCUACUUUCAUCCACACCAGAGAGAUUUGUUCCCAACUAUAAAUGUGACCUCCAGAAUAAUCUCAUAGCAGUCAUUGGGGGACUUGACCCCCUAACCUCUCUUCAUAUGGCAACAGUCUUGGAUAUCUAUAAAAUUCCACAGCUCAUAUAUGGCUCUGCUCCAGUCAUGCCUGAUAAAACUCCAGGUCUUUCCUUCUACCAGAUGGUCCCACAAGAAGCCCUUCAGUAUAGGGGGAUUCUCUCCUUACUUCUGCAUUUCAGGUGGACAUGGAUUGGGCUCUUUACUAUGGAUCUUGAGAAUGGAGAAAGAUUUGUGCAAAUGGUGGUUCCAAUGUUUUCCUCUAGUGGUAUCUGCUUUGCCUUUAUAGAAAGAGUUCCUAAAUUAACUCUUGUCACAGAACUUAAGGACUUGCUACAACAGGGUGCAAAAAUACAUGAUAAAGUCAUGGGUAGCACAGCCAACGUAUUAGUGGCCUAUGGAGAAUCUUAUUCAAUUUUAUUUCUGAGAUGGCUUCCAUAUUUAUCAGAAGCAGACGGAAAGAUGGAGGACACAAGAGGUAAAGUGUGGAUAAUAACAGCCCAAAUGGAGCUGACUUCUCUGGUUUAUCAAAGGACUUGGGAUACACAAAUAAUCAACGGGGCUCUGUCCUUCACAAUUCACUCCAAUGUUAUUUCAGGAUUUCAUCAAUUUAUUGCAAGCAGAAACCCUUCCAUCACAAAAGAUGAUUUUUUUAUCAGGGAUUUCUGGCAACAGGCCUUUGCCUGUGUAUUCCCAAGUACAGUAGGCGGUGAGGUGGAUGGAGAUAUUUGCACUGGAGAGGAGAAGCUGGCGAGUCUUCCUGGGGCUUUUUUUGAAAUGAGCAUGACAGGCCACAGCUACAGUGUCUACAAUGCUGUUUAUGCUGUGGCCCAUGCUGUACAUUCCAUGUUCUCAUCUAGAGGCAGACACAGACAUAUGGUGGACCAAAGGGGGCUUUCAUUUCAGAAUCAACAGCACUGGCAGCUCCAUCACUUUUUGAGAAAUGUCUCAUUUAAUAACAGUGCUGGGGAUAAGGUUUCUUUUAACAGGAGAGCGGAGUUAGUAGCUGGAUUUGAUGUUAUUAACUGGAUUUUUUCAUCAAACCAAUCAUUUCAUAAGGUGAAAGUUGGGAAAAUGGAUCCCUGCGCCACUUCAGACCAAGUGUUUACCAUCAAUGAGGGAGCUAUAAAAUGGCACAACUGGUUUAACCAGACAAGGCCUUUUUCUGUAUGCAGCGAGAGUUGCCAUCCUGGUUCUAGAAAGAGAAUGAAGGAAGGGGAGCCAUUUUGUUGCUACAAUUGCAUCCCAUGUCCAGAAGGGAAGAUUUCAGAUCAAAAGGAUAUGAGUGAUUGCUGUAUCUGUUCAGACAAAACUUAUCCAAAUAAAAACCACACUUUCUGUAUUCCUAAGGAUAUAAGCUACUUGUCUUAUGAAGAACCUGUGGGGAUCACUUUGGUCUUCUCUGCUCUUUCCUGUUCUUUAGUCACACUUCUGGUUCUCUUAAUAUUUAAGAAGCACCACAACACUCCCAUCGUCAAAGCGAACAAUCGGGACCUCACCUACACUCUCCUCAUCUCCCUCCUCCUCUGCUUCCUUUGUGCUUUGUUGUUCAUUGGCCAACCUCAGAAAGUGACAUGUCUCCUCCGACAAACUGCUUUUGGUAUCAUCUUCUCAGUGGCUGUUUCUUGUGUGUUGGCAAAAACUGUCACGGUGCUUCUGGCUUUCAUAGCUACUAAGCCAGGUUCCAAGGUGAGAAAGUGGCUAAGAAAAAGACUGGCCAACUCCAUUGUCUUUUCUUGCUCCCUUAUUCAAGCAGCUAACUGUACUCUGUGGCUGGCAACUUCACCUCCGUUCCCAGAUGUUGACAUGCACUCAGUGAUUAAAAAAAUUAUACUUGAAUGUAACGAAGGGUCUUUGACUAUGUUUUACUGUGUACUAGGCUAUAUGGGCUUCCUAGCCAUUGCCAGCUUCACUAUGGCCUUCCUUGCCAGGAAACUGCCAGACAGUUUCAAUGAAGCCAAAUUUAUUACUUUUAGCAUGUUGGUCUUUUGCAGUGUGUGGCUAUCCUUUAUUCCAACUUACUUGAGCACUAAAGGGAAAUACAUAGUAGCUGUGGAGGUCUUCUCUAUCUUAGCUUCCAGUAGUGGGUUGCUAGGUUGCAUCUUUUCACCCAAAUGUUAUAUUCUUCUGUUGAGGCCUGAGCUGAACAAUAGGAAACAACUAAUAAUAAGAAGAAUUUAA